CAAAAAAAAAAAUAAAAAAAUAAUCCGCUGCAAAUUAUAAUGCUUGAAUACUUUGGCUAUGGCGGUGUUUAUGUUUAAUGAUCAAAAAGCUCUGUUUUUUAUGCAAGCGUGGCUGAAGAACAGAGAAAAGGGUUUUUAUUAUCUGACCCAAAGGACCCAGUUUCAAUUCAGCUUUUGUUGUUAGAAAUUGAGGAAAAAGAUUCAAAAUUUGUUCAUAAAGUGGUGGCACAUAUUCUGUAAUAUGGGUAUCUUUCUUCUGACUCUUUUAGCUCGAUUAUUAGCUUAAAUCUGGUUUAGGGUUUUUGGAGUUUGCACGGAUAAAUCAUGAUCCUUUUUGUCUUCCGUUGACUGAUACUGUUCCUUUUCUGAAUCUAGUGAUUUGGGUUUCUCUUGUUCUUCAUUGAAUCAUUGUUCUUCAAGGUGGAUGUAUCACUAAAAAACGAAGUUGAAUGUGUUUGUGUGGUGGUUGGUUUGUAGUGGUUUUGAUCUUGGAGGUUUUUUGAUUAGUGGUGUUCAUCAAGUUUUAGAAUUGAAGAUGGAUUUAAGUGAGAAAGAUGAGUUUUCAGCAGAGAAGAGGAAUCCUGAUAACUAUGAUUCGGUUAAUAAUCCGUCUGGAGAUUGGCGAGUUUCGGGUUCUAACCCGAUUGAUUCAUAUCCUUCAGAGAAUCUGAUAUCAGCUGGUCCUGCGUCUUGUUCUCCAUCUCAGAUGAUGGAUUCAUUUGGGCAAACUCUUUGGUAUGAUCCCACUAGUGUUCAGGCUAUGGGUUAUGGCGGUUUUAGUGUCCAGAACAAUGGUGGUAAUGCUUCGUCUUCUUCGUUUAGGGGUAAUAUUGAUAGAUCUCUUGAAAUGGGUUGGAACUUGCCUAAUUUGUUGCCUCCUAAAGGCAAUGGUCUUUUCCUGCCGAAUGCGAGUACUUUCCUUCCUCCGAGUAUGGCUCAGUUCCCGGCUGAUUCAGGGUUCAUAGAGCGUGCUGCGAGGUUUUCGCUUUUUAGUGGUGGGAAUUUUAGUGAUAUGGUGAAUCAACCACUUGGGAAUCCUGAGUCGAUUGGUUUGUUUCUUCAAGGUGGUGGAACAAUGCAAGGGCAGUGUCAAUGUGAUGAACUUAAUGUUGGUGAACCUCACAAUGAUGUAUCUACAGCAGUGAAAGACCCAACUGUUAGAUCUUGUGAACAAGCUAAACCGAAUGUUCCUGGAUCGGGCAAUGUAUCCGAGGAUACUCAGUCUAGUGGUGGUAACGGUCGGAAAGGUAGAGAAACUUCUUCCAACACAAAGAAGAGGAAAAGAAAUGGGCAGAAUUCUGAAGCAGCUCAGUCACACAGAUCUCAGCAAUCUGAGGAAGAACCAGACAAUAAUGGUGAUAAAAAGCGGAAUAGUGAGCAAAGUCCAAAUUCACCUGGAAACAAGACAAACAGUGGGAAACGACAAGGCAAACAAAGUUCUGAUCUUCCAAAAGAUGGAUAUAUUCAUGUGCGGGCACGAAGAGGCCAGGCUACAAAUAGCCAUAGUCUUGCAGAAAGAGUUAGGAGAGAAAAAAUUAGUGAAAGGAUGAAGUUUCUUCAAGAUCUUGUACCGGGUUGCAACAAGGUGACUGGGAAGGCAGUUAUGCUUGACGAAAUCAUAAACUACGUACAAUCACUACAACGCCAAGUUGAGUUUUUAUCGAUGAAACUUGCAACUGUGAACCCACAAAUGGACUUUAACCUUGAAGGUCUUCUUGCAAAAGAUGCACUUCAACUACGAGCUGGUUCUUCAUCUACUACAACACCAUUCACCCCAAAUAUGGCAAUGGCUUAUCCUCCUCUACCACAUGGAUUCAUGCAACAAACCCUUUCCAGCAUCGGAAGGACCAUUAGCUCUCCAUUGUCUUCUAUGAAUGGUGGAUUCAAGCGACAGGAAACAAAUGGAUGGGAGGGUGAUUUGCAAAAUGUGAUCCACAUUAACUAUGGAGCUGGUGAUGUCACACCUGACCCUCAAGCAGCAGCUACAGCAUCUCUCCCAGCUGCAAAUAUGAAGGUUGAGCCAUGAUAUUUCUUCUUGUUAGAUAGAAUAUUAAAUUAUUGUAAUCUUUUUUUUUUUUUCUUUUUAAAAGUUACUAUAUGUACUAUAUUAUAAUGAUGUUACUAUUAACGAAUACGAUACUACGACUACUACUACUAAGCCUUUGAGAUUAGUGGAAGAAGAGUAUAAAUUGUGAACACCAACAUUGCAAAAUAGUUUUGUAUAAGUCAUAACAUUUUUAGUUUGUUCUGCUAUCUCAA